AUGCACGCCAAACUUAUCGCCAGUGUGCUGGCAGCGGCGCCUCGUGUGCGCGGCUGGGUGCUCCACAGCCCGUGCAGCAACGGGUACGCGGCUCAAGCCUCGUGCGAGGAGAGCUGGCCCAGGGUCGACCUGUACAAUGUCGCGAAGCUUUGGUCGCUGCCGUCGGGCGGAGCACCAUUAUCAGAUGGACUCGCAGCGGGCAUCACCUACGCAUUGCACCCUCAAUUCUGCCACCAGAUGCUGCCCCAGCACCGCGAGAUGGGCUACAGAGGGUAUGUCCAGGCGGUGGCGACAGCUCUCGACACGUGGGCUAUCAACCACAAGCGCAUUCACUUCGAGGACGUCUCCGAGGCGUGCUGGCAGGAGUGGGAAGGGCGCCAGGGCGCCGCGUGUGGCAACGCCGAGCUCUUCUUGACCACCGACAUCCGCAUGCACGAGGGCAUGCAGCUGAGGUACCCCGAGGAGAGGUACGCCGCGAUCAGCGAGUAUGAAGCCGACCACGUGCCGACGGUGCUCACGUCGGGGACGACGCUGCAGCAGCGGAACGGUAUUAGGCGGUCGGAGGUGGUGCUCAACUCACAGCUGUGCUGGUACCUGGACGCCGCCUUCUGCCACCGUUUCCACGCGAGCGACGGCGGGGGCGAGUGGUACGCGGUGGUCUUCGUGUGCAGCCUGAGCUUCGUCCUCGGCUGCCUGUGCUGCCUCUGCCUGCUCCGGCCUGUCUGCACGGCCACGGCGGCGUGCCACGACGAGCCCCUCGCACGGCCGCCAGUGGUCUCGGCGCGCUGCGACGCGGCCGUCCGCAACUUUGCACGCCUGCCACUCCCGAGCCUUCUCGUCGCCAACUACUGCCUCGCCGCGGCGCCCGUCUUUUACGUCUUUGUCUUUCUGCCUUGCUGGGACUGCUAUGAUUUCACGGCCACAGUCGCGCACGAGGCGGGCCACAUCCUCGGCUUUGACCAUCCCGACGAGUUCCCGCGCCUCAACUUGCGCGCCAAGGCGGGCGUGCAUCUCGGCGCACCCGAGACAUGCCGCAGGCCUCUGACACCCGCAAACAUCGAGCUCGAAGAAAUUCGCGGCGGCGCUACCGGCUCUCUCAUGCUCUCCAUGACGCAGCACAGAGCGCGCACAUGCCUGAGCAAGGACGACCUCCAAGGCCUCAACUUUCUGUACCCGUCGUGCGACGACCCGCUCGGCCGCGGAAACGCGCUGCAGGCGCCGCGCCGGAUACCCUGA